CCUCGCUUUCCUGAAAAGCUCGCUCUCGUCAUACCGCUCCGUAACGCCUCCUGCUCAUUUAGCCGCUUUACCAGUCGCUCAUUCUACACCGCACUGGUUUACGCGCAUAUAGACAGAUCCAUGGCCUCCCUGCCUACCUUUACGCCGACUCCAGCCAAGAAAAGAGAUCUCGCGUUUCCGUCAACACCCGUCAGGCAGUGCACACCACGCACGGACGCUAACCCUUCCGCGUCCGACCGUUUUAUUCCGAGCCGUGGAGGCCUUUCCAAGUCCCAAGCGCGCAUGCUGCUUGCUUCUGGCGCAUCGCGAGCUCCAGCCAGCAAUCCUCACGGGGACUCCACCGCUGUGGCGACGCCAGCAAGGGAGAGCUAUCGGCGGCAGCUGAACUCGAGCCUGCUGGACGAUCUGCACACGGCCUCGGGAACUCCUCGCCGCAUUCUGCAGUUCGGAGCGGCGGACAACAACGAGGCACACGGCGCCGAUGGGUCCACCAAGGGCGGCCAUCGCCUGGACAAGAGCAGGGACUUUUGGGCGAGUCCGACGUCAGGAGCGGCGGCGACUGGCGCCAAGACAAGCGCGAAACGCGGCACUCCGCUGAAGCUCCAACAGAAGCACGCGGAUCUGGUACUGGACGCGCCGGAAAUGCCGGACAACUUCUACCUGAACCUUCUAGACUGGAGCAGCAAGGGCGUGGUGGCGAUCGGGCUGGGGAGCGCCGUGCACGUGUGGAACAGCGAGACGGGCGCGGUGAGCGAGGUGGUGGCGGGCGACAGCGACGUGACGUCCGUCGCGUGGGCCGACAACGGCGCGCACCUCGCCGUCGGCUUCGAGGACCACGCGGAAUGCGUGCAGCUCUGGGCCGUCGAGCCAUGCAGAAAGAUUCGCGACUUGGCGGGCCACAGCGACCGCGUGAGCGCGCUGCACUGGGGAGCGUCGUACCAGCUCGCGACGGGCAGCCGAGACACAUCCAUCAUCACACACGACGUGCGAGCGGCGAGGCACGCGGUAACCCGCCUGCGCGGAGUGCAUAGAGACGAGGUGUGCGGGCUCCGCUUCGCGCCCAUCUCCUCUGCCGGCAUCAGCGGCGGAUCCGCCGCCACCGCGCUCGCCAGCGGCGGCAACGACAACCUUGUCGCCGUCUGGGACCUCCGCCGCGCCGCUUCCGCUUCCGCCAUGGCGGGAACGGCCGGCGCUGUCUCCGCCGAUUAUGCCGGUGCUGGUGCUUCCGGCAUGGAAGCGAACCCGAACGCGCAAGCGUGCCUGCAUCGGUUCGCGCAGCACCAAGCGGCGGUCAAGGCCCUGGCUUGGUGCCCCUCGCAGCGGCACAUGCUGGCGACGGGCGGAGGAUCGAGCGACAAGAGCAUCAAGCUGUGGAACGCGCAGGCGGGGUCGCUGCUGUCGUCCACGUUCACCGGGUCGCAGGUCACGGGGCUAUCGUGGGGGCCCUCCGCGCGCCACCUAAUCAGCGCGCACGGCUACACCGACAACGCCGUCUGCGUCUGGGCCAUGGGCGCGAGCGCGGGCGCGAACGCAGGCGCAGGCGCAGGCGCGGGGACGAGCGUGGGCGCGGGCGUGGGUUCUACCCUGCUGCAAGUGGGCAAGCUCACGGGCCACCGCGGGCGUAUCCUUCACAUGGCCGUGGCCCCCGACCGGCGGACAGUGGCCACGGCCGCAGCCGACGAGACGCUCCGCGUGUGGAAGCUCUUCGGGUCGCCGCCCCCCGCUGCGGAAGGCGGGAGAGGGGAGAGCGGGAUGGAGGAGGGGGUGCGGAAGAGGGAGAGAGAGGAGAGGUGGUUCGGGGGGGCGGGCGGCCAGGCAAGUGAGGCGAUGCGAGGAUCCAAGAGCAGCAUAAGGUGAGAUACUGAUGCCCUUCAUUUCUUUGACCUUCUCCCUCCCCCCGGUUCCCCCCCCACCCCCCCCCCCAUCUCCCCGCUUUUUUCUGGUUGCUUGUGCUUUGUCGUCGUUUCUGGUGGUGCGUUUUGAGGUGCGAUCGCCCUGUUCCGUUCCGUAAUUUGGUCCCUUUUUUUUUCCCGUCUCCGUCUGUAUCAUACUGACCAAGCUGACAUACUAACCGCCUCUCCUCCCCCUUCUCUCCGCCUCCCCUCUUCCCUCCCUCCGUCCCCUGUCCCUGUGUUCCCCAUCAUUUCCCCCCAUCCCGCCCCUAUCGAGGAUCUUUUCGAGCCAACACGCGCCUACCACCCUCCCUCUCGUCGCUCGGUCGCCUGCUGCGACCAAGACCCAAGACCGACUAAUUCUAUCGUUCAUACUGAGGAAGCCAUGGGACUUAUAUCUCUCCAUGGAGAUGCCCGCCGCCGCUGGCGGCAACGGGCAUCCGUCGCCGCUGUGCCGGUUACUGUGGAUCACGCACCCGGCGGCGAACGCGCGCAGUUUCUGUGCCGACUGCCAUCCCUUGAGCCGCCAUCGUCUGCCACGCGCACGCUAUCUGCAGCCGGGACACUACUGCCAGAUCGUGGGUGUUGUUGACUGCCAGUUUAUGAGUCGAUGUGGAGAUGGUAGGAGGAGGUGAGGUCUGGAUCUGAACUGAACGAACCCUGUCUCAAGCCACCUCGCUGAACUGGACCAAGCUGUUCUGUUUCUACACCCUGUGGACAUUUAGUAGCAUUCUAUGCUGUGCUAACUAUAGUCCCUUCAAAUAAAACAUUUCUGAAAGCAACCGUGACUCUUGGCUUGCCAUUUGUGCUAGUUUG